AUGCAAGUAUGUUUCAGAAUGCAAAUCGUCAAACCGGUCCCCCUAUUUUCGAUACGGUCGAUGCGGCUGUGGAUGUGCGCCUUGAUGGCCACAGGUUGGAGAAAUUCUUGGCAGGAGUUCAAAUUUCCAGAAUUAUUUGAAAUCCAUUCACGACGUUCCAUAACGGGGUGGAAAAACGUCAAAAAAAAUUUAGGCGCGAAAAUUGAAUUCUCAAGUACGCAGUCAAACGUGAUCGAACAAACAAGUUAAAGUGGAAUACUCAGUGUAAUUGUGACGUAGAAUGACGUCAUUUUGUUCGGAGCGCACUUUUUUUUUUGUAAAUUCAGAAACUUUGACGCCUCGCUCACUUUCCCUCACCCCAUUAGAUUCCGCAUUUCAAAAAAUAUGUUCUCAGAAUUUUAUCGUUCUAUAGAGUUUUGAAGCCUCGGGAUUUAUUAUCACUGCUCUAAAACAAGUUUUUGGCAAGUUUGAAGCUUUGAAACUUGACUUGAAGGCAAAAAUGUCGAAAAAAUACUGCUGGGUAUGGUUAAGGAUGCUUUAAAGCACCUCUCAGUGAAGUUUCAGAAAUUUCUUGGACCCUGAACUUUUCUAAUACAAUUUUGAGCGAACUAUGGGUAAUUCAGGCCUUCAUGUAUAAAGUAAUUGAAAUUUGAAGCUUUGAAACUUGACUUGAAGGCAAAAAUGUCCAAAAAAUCAUGCUGGACAUGGUUCUGGACGCUCAAACAAUGGAAGGGCGGAAGGUCGAGGUGUUGGCAUUUGAUAAAACUUUGUAUACAGAUUUUUUCGAACAUCCUGAAUCCAAAGAAAUCGAAAAUAAAAAGUGCGCCUUUUUGUUUCUAGUCGAGUUAUGGCGCCUCAAAGUUUGCACGUGAAAAAUGCAUUGGAUGGAAGGAGGGAAUGUGUUAAGGCGGCUUACUCCAGCUGCCAGCAGGCGGCGUGGUGUAGUGGCUAGCGACCUUGCUCUGUGGAACCUAUGAUGCAGGUUCGAAUCCUUUUGGGUGCAAAUUUUUUUGCCAUUUUAUUUUCUUGGAAAUAAAGAUGCGGUUUUAAAGAUGAGUUGAAAAAAACGCUCCACACGUUGAAAUUUACCAUUUUAUGUCGUUUUCAACAAGAUUUCCGACAAAUGCGUUUUUUGCGUGCAAACUUUGAGACGCCAUAACUCGACUAGAACCAAAAAGGCGCACUUUUUUCUACUUUGGAUUCAGGGUGUUCGAAAGUACCUAUAUAAAAAGUUUCAUCGAAUUCGAUUUUCCGCACUUCCCGUGUGAAGUGCGCUUCAAGCAUCAAAACUUGACUCAAAAGCAAAAAUGUCAAAGAAAAAACCUUGACAUGGUUCUGAACGCUCUAAAAAAAGCGCUUCAGCCGAAUUUUUAACGAAUUUUUCGAAAUUUUUUUCAGAAAUUUUUAAGUUAUUUUUAACGUUCCAGGACUCUAUGCCUCGGUAGCGAUGCGGGUGAAUCUCAGUAUGGCCAUAGUUUGUAUGGUCAACUCCACAGCUUUCCCUCAACAUCACUACACUCUCAAUGACUCGAAAAAUGCUCCUCUAUCGAUGCCAGAAGCCGUGGCUCAGUGCGGAGCCAGGUUUGACGACGAUGUCGCAUCGGCCGCUCACGCUGGGUAUACGGUAAGCAAAAAAGUUCAUAAAAACCAAAAUGUGUACCUCCAGGGCGACUUGAUGUGGAGCCCGACAAUGCAGUCGAUGCUCCUGUCGGCGACUUUUUACGGCGCCAUUGUUACCGUAGUUUUCUCGGGAUAUGUCGCCGACCGGUUCGGGCCGAAGUUCAUUCUUCUUGGUAAUAAUUCCUUUUUGCGCCGAAUGAGGCCCUUAAGUGACUACUUCACGUUAAUUAUAUAUAAAUGCGGCCCUUAAGUGACUACUUUCCUUCAAUAAUAUGUGAUAAUGAGGCCCUUAAGUGACUACUCUACGUCAAGAAUUUAUAUAAAUGAGGCCCUUAAGCGGCUACUUCCCUUUAAUAAUAUAAAAAUGAGGCUCUUAUGUGACUACUUCACGUUAAUUAUAUAUAAAUGAGGCCCUUAAGUGACUACUUCAGUAAGGAAUAUGUGAAUACGCGGCCCUUUAGUGACCGCUUCACGUUAAGAAUACGUGAAAAUGCGGCCCUUAAGUGACUACUUCCCAUAAAUAAUAUGAAAAGGCCCUUAAGUGACCACUUCACGUCAAGGAUACUGAAAAUGAGGCCCUUAAGUGACUACUUCACUUUAAUCAUAAAUAACAAUGAGGCCCUUAAGUGACAACCUUCACGUAAAUAUUAUGUGAUAAUACGGCCCUUAAGUGACUACUCUACGUCAAGAAUAUAUAAAAAUGCGACCCUUAAGUGACCACUUUAAGUAAAGAAUAUGUGAAAAUGCGGCCCUUAAGGGAUCACUUCACGUUUAGAAUGUGUAAAAGUUCGGCCCUUAAGUGACUACUUUACGUUAAUAAUAUAAAUAGAAGGCCUUUAAGCGACUACUUGAUUUAUAAAAUUCGAUCAUUUUCUAGCGGCAACUUUGGUCUACGUGAUCGUGACCCUCCUGACUCCCUGGCUGGCCCGUUAUUCCUACCAAAUGCUCUUCGUCGCCCGCAUCUUUAUGGGUUUCGGAGAGGUACUGUAGCCGUCAUUCAGCUGUGUCAAAGUGACAACUCUAGGGCUUCAUUUUUCCGAGUCUUGGCUCGUUGGCGGGCCGCUGGUUCGCCCCCACUGAAAGGUCCACUGCCGCCGCACUUUACAGCUCCGGAAAUCAGGUUCUUUUCCCGGAUAGUCCAAUCGUUUCAAUGUCCCUUUUCUUGUCUCAAGAUCGGCUCCGGCCUGACAUCGCUUAUCGCUUCGUUACUUUGCGCCAGCACGUUUGGUUGGCCUUCGAUUUUCUACAGCUUUGGCUUGAUCAGCUUGGCCUGGUGCAUUGGUGCGAUGGGUUUUGUGCGCUCCAAUGAGAAACGUUUGUAGUUUGGUGGAUCUUCGCCUCGAAUUUCCCCUCCUCGAAUCGAUGGAUUUCACAGGAGGAGGUCGAUUUCCUGACGGCCAAUGUCGGCGGCCAGAAGAAGGGACAGGUAAAAAAUCAUUUGGUCGCAUUUGGAAUGGCUUAGGCGCGUUUUUUUGAUACAAAGGAACUUCUAUAUGCUAGAAAAGGUCGCAUUUGGAAUGGCUCAACAAGCGUUGCGGUCGCGUCGCGGUUAGAAUUAGAUUUUCGAAUUUUCCCCUCCGAACUUCAAAUGAGACAGGUAGAUGUAUUUUUGACGCUGAUUUUGAAUCUGUUCUCAAAAAUCGGCAGGAAAGUCUUUGAAAAAAGUUCUAGCCCCCCAAUUAUUGAAUAUUUUGAGGGGGAACUCCUAUAAGGGUCGGAAAAGUGGUCCCUAUAGGGGUGAAAUCAGGGUGGUCCCUGUAAGAGCUUAGGGUCUGACCCCUUCGCCCCUAAAUCUCAAGUGGACCCUACAGGGGUCUUUCACUCAAAAAACGCUUAUUCCAUCAGUUUUUCCCAUUGAAAUGCUUGUUCGCUUAGAGUUCAUGAAAAUUAUCGACUAGAAUGUCCCCUAUAGGGACCACUUUCGCAAGAUUUAGAAGUCCCUAUAGGGGUCGGUAGUGGUACAGAGAGGGGACAUUCUAGUCGAUAAUUUUCAUGAACUCUAAGCGAACAAUAAGCGUUUUUUGAGUAAAAGACCCCUGUAGGGUCCACUUGAGAUUUAGGGGCGAAGAAGUCAGACCCUAAGCUCCCACAGGGACCACCCUGAUUUCACCCCUAUAGGGACCACUUUUUCGGCCCUUAAAGAGGUUCCCCCCACUUUCGCAAGAUUUAGAAGUCCCUAUAGGGGUCGAUAGUGGUACAGAGAGGGGAACCUUCGAGGGCUUUAAGGUUGCCCCUAUAGGGACCACUCUGGAGUUUCUAUGCCGCUUUUUUUCUGACCGAAAUACCGUAUGCCUUUAGAUUAUAUCUUUCAAAGCGAGGGGCUAAAAAAGGCAAGUCUUGAAGAUUAAAAAAGUCAUCAGGCCUUGGUUACGAGAACCGGACGUUUCUGAGCAAUUCUAGGGACCACUUAAGAGCCCUGACGCGACUAAAGUGGUCACUAGAAGUCCGAGGCGAUUUUUCCAACUACAAAAGGGAGAAGUUUUAAAAUACUUCAAUUUUCCAGGACAUGGGACGAGUCCCGUGGCGCCAACUUCUCACGAGUCUACCCCUUUGGGUGGCCGUAAUGUGCCAGUUCACUUACACCCUACAAACUGGAAUCAUGCAGUCAUUUUUGCCGACUUACCUGAAGGACGACCUCGUCUUGCCGCUGAGCAGUGUUAGUGACAAAAAUAAAUGUAAAAUGCUAAAAAUUAGUCGUAAAAAAAUUCAAAAAAAUCUUCUAGGAAAAAGCCAUGAUUUUUCAAAAUCUUGAAGGUUAGGAUUAUUGUGAAUUUUUUUCCCAAAAAUUCAGAAUUCUAAUGGCAGGAAAUCACCAUUCAGGAACAAGAUUUGAUAGAAGCUAGUGGAAAAUUAAAAUUUAGGACGGAAAAAAAGUUUGUACUCAUAGAAAAAAAGCUUGAUUUUUUCGGAAUCUGGAAGGUUAGGAUGCUUGUGCAAAUUAUUUAAGGAGAAAAUAUUUAAAAAAAAAUCCUCAGGAACAAAACUACAAUGGAACUAUCCCAAAGAAGCAAAAUUAAAGAAAAGAAAAGAUCAAAAAAUUUCAAAACUGAAAAGUUCUAUACCUUGAAGGAGGCUCAAUAUAGAAAAAAACACCGAACUGUUCAAAAAAAUUUUUUUAUUGACUCAAAAAAAGCUUUUUUUGUAGCAUUUAAAGGCGCAUUAAAAACAUUUAAAAAGGUCUUGAGACGAAAAAUCUUUUCAGAAGGAAAAACCAACAAGAACAAGACUUGUUAGGAAUUAUCCCGAAAAGAUUGUUGAAAAUUAAAAUUUUCGGACAAAAGCUCAGAAAAUUUUGGAAUCGAAAUUUCUCUUCCAUGAAUAAAAACCUAAUAAAAAAAUCAUAUCAAAAAGUAUUUUUUUACUCGACAAAUCGCCAAAAUGACAGUUUUUAAGUGACUCUAAACGGCUUUUUGUAUCGUUUAAAGGCGCAUAGAUAAAAUGCAAAAAGGGUCUCGAAACGAAAUUUUUUUUCCAGAGAAUGAAUCGAUGUUAUAUUCGUUAUAUUUCUAGAAAGGGUCUCAAUAAAAAAAUCUUCUGAACAAAAAUAUUUUUUUGAUCAAAAAUUUGUCAAAUGUUUCAAGGGACUCUAAUUAGCUUAUUGUUGCGUUUAAAGGCGCAUAGAUAGAAUUCAAAAAGGGUCUCGAGACGAAAAAUUUUUUUCAGAGUUGAAAAGAGAUGCUCCAUUGAAGUUAUAGUCCGAUUAUGAUAAAUUUUGAAAAAAUAGAAAAUUGCCCCUUUCAGAACGGAAUCUACACAAUGGUGCCGUUCCUGGCCCAGUUGAUUUCCAAGAAUAUUCUCGGAAUCGUCGCGGAUUACAUGAAGAGAAACAAAAUCAUGGGCUACACGGCGACGACCAAAAUGUUCCAGGCCAUCGGUUUUUCAUUUCAAAAAAAAAAAAUGAUUACGGUAAAUUUAGGCUCCUACGGUAGCGCACUGUGUCUAUUCGGGAUGGUAUUUUUUUCACAAGUUGCGAAAAUCCGACGCGCGCCCUUUUUCUUCUUGGCCAUUUAUGGUAAAAACCCCGCCCCCCUCCCCUGAGUAAAUUUUUUUCAUUUUUUUAGGCGUCGUUUUUUCGGCGGGCAUCUGCGGAUUUUUCACGAGUGUCCUGUGCAUCGCCCCGCCCUACAGCGGAAUCCUCACCUCGAUUGCUCAGAUUAUGGCCGUGUGUGGGAACCUGACCGGGCCGCUCCUCGUCAGCUUCAUCCAGAAGACGGUCGGUGGAGAAAUCUGCAAAAAAAAAUAGGAAUAUCAGGAUUGUUUUUGAACUUGUCCAGGUAAUUCAAAGAUAAUUAUUUCAUCAAUGGAAACAGACCUGGGGAACUACAGGAAACUGAUAAAAUUUCAUGGGGCCUUUUUGAAAAAAUAUAUACUCCACGCCGUUUUUGUUAUUGGAAGAAAAUUCAAAACCAAAAAUGAAGGGGGCGGAGCUAAAACUCCGCCGUUCCCAUGUGACGUCAUGGGAUUAUUAAAGACGCAUGUUCAAGGGGUCUUGAGAAGAAUCAAUUUUUCAUUGGAAAAAGCGGAACUUGAAGUGACUACGCGAAAUUCAAAAUAGCCGCCAGGGAGUGAAAAAUAUAACUGAAUUUCAGAAUUUCAGAAAUUCAGAGAUUUUUGAAUUUAUCGAAAUGUAUUUUGAAUACGGUAUGUGCGAGAGCGCCGCGGUGCAUGCACACGACACACUACACUUUACGGAAAAAAUAUGGGCGGGCAUCAAAAAAAAAAAACCCCCGUGACUCCUUUUCGCGAUUUGAAACUUCUUUUUUUUUCUCUGCGACCCUCUCACAGCGAUGUGCUAUUUUCAUCUUUUGACCUCGCCGCUGAGGGAACAGAGAGACGCAGACAGGCAGAAAGUUUCAAAUCGCGGCCAACCACGGCGUUUUUGGUAGUGGAAGAAAAGGCGGAACCGAAAAUGUAGGGGCAGAGCCAAAACUCUGCCGUUCUCAUGUGACGUCAUGGGAAACAAGCGUGAAAACAAGGCAUAUUAAAGGCGCAUGUUCAAUGGGUCAUGAGACGAAUCGAUUAAAUAUGGGCGGGGCGUAAUCAAAAAACGCCGUGACUCCGUUUUUCUAACAGAGAGACGCAGACAAGCAGAACGUUUCAAAUUUGUUAAAACUCGAGAUUUUUCACUUAGAAAUUUAUCACAAUACUUGGAAAAAAACUCGGAAUGCGAUAAAAAAUCGUCGAAAGGGACCAGCUUCAAAAAAUGUGAAAAACGAUUAAAAAAUCAAUUUCCAGGGUUUCCUCAUCGAAUACAAAUGGUCGAUGGUUUUCCUUUUCUGCGCCCUGAGCAACAUUUUCAGUGGAACGCUUUUCGUUCUUUUCGGCUCUGGUCCGUUUUUUCCCUAAUUCCUAUUGAAAUAUCGAUUUUUUCCAGCAAACGCCCAAGAAUGGGCCAAGCCGGAGAAGCAGAUUCUCGAGGAGAGAUUGAGACUCAACGCGGAUUCCUCCAAAGAAUCCUCAAUCGACGAAAAACCUACCAAGAAAAAUUCAAUCAUCUUUAUUAAGGCCUAA